ACACACGAUCAAACACACGAACACGAACUGUUCACGUACAGUUCGCGAACAAGGAGCUUUUUUGACAGCCCUACCUUCCCCUUCUCCGUCACCGCAACAAUGGCGGCAAUCAAGCCUAUAAUUCACUGAUGAUUAAUACAAUCCGAAUCAGGACGGUUUGAGCGAUCGAGAGGAGAAAUAGCAGCGGAGGCAACGGGAGGCGGUCCCUCGUCUCGCUCGCUCCUUCUAGUUUUGUAAUCGUCUUCUCGAGAUCGAGCGUUUGGAACAACUCGCUGCCGAUCGAUGAGAACCCUAAAAAACUAUCGGCGGAAACCCUAUGUUUAGAUGCUCGGCGCUGUUCUAACCGCGCUGGAUCUCUCUGCACUCUAUCACCUCGCGUGGACUUGCCUGGUAGUGAUCAUCGCUGGGGUUUUGUUCGUCAGAAAAGCCGUAACCUGGCCCUUCGCUUUGAACGCCGAUAUUGAGGGCAACGAGGAGUUCCGAGAUCGAUACCAUAUGCCUAUCGGAUCCGUCGGGAGUAACGUAGGCGCGGGGGCAUCGGAAUGCCCUGUUUGCGCGCGACCGGCAAGCAAAAAGUGUUCGAGGUGCAAGAGCGUGUGGUACUGCUCUCAAGUAUGCCAGUCAGAUCAUUGGAAAGCCGAGCACAAGUCAAAAUGCAGGGAAGUUGGUUCUGCAGAUAAGUUUGAUACCAUUGGAACAGGUGCAAGGAGGAAAUGUUCAGCCAUUUCACUGGUGCCCGGUCAUGGAACCCGUAAGGUGCUAAAAGAACCAAAAAAGAUCCUUUUUCCAUAUGAUGAAUUUGUCAAGCUUUUUGUCUGGGAUAUGCCAGCUUUUCCACCUCGCGGGCUUUUAAAUUGUGGGAACAGUUGCUUUGCAAAUGUGGUUUUACAAUGUCUGACAUCUACACGGCCACUUGUUGCCUAUUUAUUGGAGAAGGACCAUAAUAGAGGAUGCUUGAGGAGGAGAGAUAAUUGGUGUUUCCUGUGUGAGCUGCAAGUCCACAUUAAAAGAGCUAGUGAAAGCUCACAAGCCUUUUCGCCCAUUAAUAUUCUUUCUCGUUUACCAAAUAUUGGUGGUAACCUUGGAUAUGGAAGACAGGAGGAUGCUCAUGAAUUCAUGAGGUUUGCUAUUGAUACAAUGCAAUCAAUUUGCCUUGAUGAAUAUGGAGGUGAAAAAGCUGUGGAUCCUAGCACACAAGAGACGACUAUUGUCCAGUACAUAUUUGGUGGCCAUCUCCGAUCACAGGUAAUAUGUACAAACUGUGAUGUGGUCUCAAACCGUUAUGAGAACAUGAUGGAUCUGACAGUUGAAAUACAUGGGGACUCUGAAUCUUUGGAGGAGUGCCUGGAUCAAUUUACGGUUAAGGAGUGGCUUGAUGGGGAUAAUAUGUACAAAUGCGAUGGAUGCAACGCCUACGUCAAAGCAUGGAAAAGACUUACAGUUCAUCAGGCUCCGAACGUUCUCACCAUUACUCUCAAGAGAUUCCAGAGCGGUAGGUUUGGAAAACUGAACAAAAGAAUAACUUUUCCUGAAAAUUUGGAUCUUACUCCAUACAUGAGCGCAAGCGGUGAUGAUACCGACCACUAUACCUUGUAUGGCGUCAUUGUUCAUUUGGAUAUGCUAAAUGCUUCAUUUUUCGGCCAUUACAUUUGUUAUACCAAGGAUUAUCGGGGCAUCUGGUAUAAGAUUGAUGAUUGCAAGGUCAUUAAAGUUGAAGUGGAGGAAGUAUUGUCUCAAGCUGCUUAUAUGCUAUUAUAUCACAGGAUAAAUCCACGAAAGGAUCCUUUUGUCAAGCCUGUGGAGCCUACUACAAAGAUGCAUUCAGCAGAAACUGAUCUCGAAAUUUCAAAAUCUCCAGAUACUACACAAUCGUCUGCCUGUGAUAUAAUCUCCAUGCCGCAUGAUUCUGAACCCCAGCAAAAUAUUUUGCAUUCGGAAGCGCCAUCUGAAUUCUCAACCUUAAGAGAUAAUGGUCAUGACAGACAUCUCAACCUGAUACCUAAUUGCGCUGGGAAUUUCGCCUGGAAUUUUAGCGUUGAUAACUCUGUUGUUGAUCCAUCUGGCGCAAAUGACAUCAAAUUAGAAAAUGCAAAUGUUUUCGAAAAUGGCCCUUCAAUCAAAUCCAUCCCAUCUAAAGCUUCAAAUCUUGCAAAUUCAAAUUUGCAUAUGGAGGAAGGCAAUGAAUCAGUUAUUAUUGAAGCAAUCUCGGACCCAUCCUCCACCGGUAAAGAUAUAAUUAUGGAAGAAGCAUCAGCCACAUCUAUCUCUACUUCAAGCCCAGACAAGGCACCGACAUCAUCCUUCUGCUCUCAUCCGGAACCACCGGCGAUAAAUUGUGUUUCAUCCAUCCCGACAAAUGGUAUCUGUACAUCAGAUACUUCCGUAGAACGUGAAAGGUUUGUUUCGAUGGAUGGGUCGAGACCAAAGACGAAGCCAAUCUUCAACCGUGGAUUCCUCGACAAGCCUGUUCGUAAGAAGACUUCGGGGGGCGAGAAAACAGUUCAGUUGGAAAACCAUGUAGUUUCCUGGCCUUCCAAAGCCAAUGGCUAUUCUAACGGCCAUUUAAAAUCCGAGCCGGAUAUCGUUAUGCCCAACGGCAGUGUUAGUGGCGACGCAUUGUCUUCUGAUUCUAACUUGACUUCAAUUUCAACUGGUUCCUCGAACGGUCGUCCUCACGAUCAUGCCGAAGUGAAAUGCAACGGAUCAUUUUACAACGAAGAAUUUGGACUAGAGCGGUCAUGCUCGAGCUCCGAAACCUUUGCCAAAGUUUGCGACUCUAUGACCGAAGGUCAUGGGUUUGGAUUUCAAAUGGAUGAGGCCUAAUAUUCGAACUUCCAAAUCGAAAACCCCCAAAUGUUAUCGAGAAGAGAACCGAAGAUUAAAUCAAUCAAAUGGAUUUUCCACUGCUGACUUUUCGGAUUAAGCUGCUGCUGUUCAACAGUCUGUUGAUCAUCGAACUCAUGAAGCAGUGCCAUUUUGGUAGAGAGGUAUUGGAUAGCUAUAGAUUUAUUCCCUUUGUCUUCUAACUUUAGAAUAAUCAAUUAUUCAGUUUGGUGCAUAAUCGGGGCCGGAAGCUGCGGCGGCAUUUUCGCUGUGUUUGUCUGCCAUUCAAAUUUGUUUCUUUUUUGUCUUAGUAUGGUUUCUGAGUAUUGGAGGAGAUGAUCUGAGUUUCAGAUGCUCUUCUAAAUGCCACCCCCAGCUGUACUAACUCUUCAAUCCAUUAUUUAAACUAAUAAUUCACUGACAGGGUUUUAUAUCAUGUAGAAUCUUACGCACUCUUAUCUUAUAUAGUCUAUUAAUCCUUUAUUUA